CUUCUCCAUAAAUGUUAUUUAAAUGCCCGUAUUUAAAAUUAAAAUUAUAGAAUAGCUACCUAGUAAUAUGACUCGUGAAAUAACUCUUCUCAUCGAUCAAUCGAUUUUGUUUUAAUCUACAGUUAUGUUCAGCGAUUGGUCACUCUUAACAAUUGGUUCUCAAUUUAAUACUGAAUCUUGCUCGUACUUAAUUUCGCAGAGUUGAGAGCACUUAUCAAUUUCGAUUUCAUUAUAAUAUCAUUUUAUUUUUGAGAGUCUUGGAAUUACGCUCUAUAUAUCGGAGUCGGCGUUGCCAGCGCGCUAUCCCCGCCGCCGCCGCGCUCGCCGCCGCCGCCAUGUCGCCGCUCGCCCGCUCGCUGCUCGCGCUCGCCGCGCUGCUCGCCGCCGCCGACGCCGGCAGAGAACAAGUACAGUUUGGGAUCAAUUCGCCACAUUUCACCAGGCUGAAUGAAGUGACGCUGAACCCACAGGGAGGAUGGAUAAAACCCAAGAAUUACUGUUCCAGCGUACCAAAAGGCGCGCUGGUGGUAGCCAGCAACGCUAACAACGACCGCGCGCCGUACAUCGCCGGAACGGUGCAGAGCAUCAGCGUAACGUGCACGCCACUAGGACCGUACACGACGUGCAAGGACAAUAUCAGAGUCAAUGUUACGCAGUUUUGUUAAUUAUGUCUUAAAUGCAAAUAGCAUUUUUUUAUUGUAAAAUUUUACUUGAUAAUAGAGCUUGUUAGUGUCAAAAUUUACUGUUACAGGAAAGGACAUACGUUAAGUGAUCUCUUUUUUCGAAAUUUAAUGCGUCGUAACAUUC